AUGGGGAGCUGCUGGCUGCGCCUCGCCGUGCUGCUCGCCCUGGGCGCCUGCCCCAGCCUGGCGUACGAGGGUAGGGAAGGGAAGGAGGGGACGGCGGGGUUCGGGGAGCCCCCAGCGGCGGGGCAGCAGCCGGGGGCGCGGCGGGAGCGGGGAGCGCGGUGGUGGAGCCGUGUCCUCCGGCUAGGCAGGCAGGGGGCCGCUGCCCGCCCGCGGCCGCGCCUCGGCCCGGGACCACGUCGAGGGCUGCGUCGCGGUGUCCCGGCAGCCCAGAGGGGUGUCCGGCUAAGGAACCCCCCUGCGGCUGUCUUCCCGCCCGAAGCGCUUUGUGUAGCCAGUGAAAAUCUGUGGCCAGAGCAGAGCCUUCAAAGUAACUGGGUAUUGCUUCAGAAUGGGGUGCCCUACUGUGGGCUGCCAGUGGAGAGAGGCAACGAACAGAAACAGUCUCCAGGCCCCAAAGCAGCUGGUGUUCUGCAUUGCCAAGGGUGGGGCCCAUUGUGUCAGCUGAGAGGAUCGGGAUAUUCACCCCUUGAAGACGACGAAGAUGUGUAUGCACGCAAUAGAUACAAAGAAGCGCCGUGGUGCUCCUCCGUUGUGGUGAGACAUGGCUAUGCACACUGUAGGACACCUCGAGGGGGUUAUUACAAGAAUGCAUUGGGGACAAGAUGUGAUAUUCACUGUCACAAAGGCUAUGAACUGCAUGGCCCUCAGCAGCUAAUCUGUCAGCCAAGCAAACGCUGGUCUGGGAAAGUGCUGUGCAAACACAAGCGGUGCCCACCCCUGUCCAUGCCAGCCAAUGGGGGCUUCAAGUGUUUGGAUGGUGCCUACUUUGGCUCCAGGUGUGAAUACUACUGUUCCCCAGGAUACCAGCUGAAAGGUGACCGAAUCGUCGUGUGCCAGGACAGCAAAGCUUGGAGCGGCCCUCCGGCGUCCUGUGUUGAUACUGAACCUCCAAGGAUCCAGUGCCCGAGUGUGAAGGAGAAAGCUGCAGAGCCCAACAAGCUGACAGCCAAAGUGUUCUGGGACACCCCUGAGGGACGGGACACUGCUGAUGGGAUUCUGACAGAUGUUAUUUUGAAAGGCCUGCCACCAGGGUCACAUUUUCCAGAAGGUGACCACAAAAUCCAGUAUACUGUGUAUGACAGAGCUGAAAACAAAGGCACCUGCAAAUUCCUAGUCAAAGUCAGAGUCAGGCGCUGUGUGAAAUUAACUGCCCCAGAUAAUGGCUACGUCAAGUGUUCAGGUGAUGGAAAUAACUAUGGUGCUACUUGUGAGUUCUCCUGCAUUGGUGGCUACGAGCUGCAAGGAAGCCCAGCUAGAGUGUGCCAGUACAACCUGGGGUGGUCAGGAGUGGAGCCAACCUGUGCACCCAUGAAUAUUAAUGUGAAUGUGAGGACUGCAGCUGCACUUCUGGACCAGUUUUAUGAGAAGAGGAGACUGCUAAUUAUUUCAACUCCUACAGCAGCCAACUUCUUCUACAGGAUGCAGUUGGGAAUGCUGCAGCCAGCUCAGUGUGGUUUGGACCUCCGACAUGUUACUGUAGUUGAACUGGUUGGUGUCUUCCCAGCACAGAUAGGAAGGAUAGGUGUAAAGCUGCUGCCCCCAUCACUUGCCCUGCAACUCAGGCUGCUGCUGAGGAUCCCCCAUUACAACUUCAACAUCGUGGUGAUGGACAAGCACGGCAUGGACAAGGAACGCUAUCCCUUCCCAGCAACACCAGCUGAGCUCUUUGCACUUAUUGACAAUUUCCCCUUGAGAAAAGAAGAGAUGAAACUGCAAGCAGAAAUUGGUCAAUCAUGUCCCUAA